GCCCGCUUGCCAGACCGCUCUCCGAGCUCCGGCCCUCCACCGCCGCAGCCAUUGCUGACCUUGCCAUGUCCGGAGGGGGCGUGAUCCGCGGCCCAGCCGGCAACAACGACUGUCGCAUCUACGUGGGGAACCUACCCCCCGACAUCCGCACCAAGGACAUCGAGGACGUUUUCUACAAGUACGGGGCCAUCCGCGACAUCGACCUCAAGAAUCGCCGCGGGGGCCCACCGUUCGCUUUCGUCGAGUUUGAGGAUCCCAGGGACGCGGAGGACGCCGUCUACGGGAGGGACGGCUACGAUUACGAUGGGUAUCGCCUCCGCGUGGAGUUCCCUCGGAGCGGCCGGGGCACCGGCAGAGGCGGCGGCGGUGGCGGUGGGGGCGGAGCCCCACGGGGCAGGUACGGCCCCCCAUCCCGGCGCUCGGAGUACAGAGUGAUCGUCUCGGGGCUGCCUCCAAGUGGAAGUUGGCAGGAUCUGAAGGAUCACAUGCGUGAGGCAGGUGAUGUAUGUUAUGCUGAUGUUUUCCGAGAUGGCACUGGUGUCGUGGAGUUUGUGCGGAAGGAAGAUAUGACCUACGCUGUGCGAAAGCUGGAUAACACUAAAUUUAGAUCGCAUGAGGGAGAAACUGCCUACAUCCGAGUUAAAGUUGAUGGCCCAAGAAGCCCAAGCUAUGGAAGAUCUCGGUCCCGCAGCCGUAGUCGUAGCAGGAGCCGUAGUCGAAGCAACAGCCGCAGCCGCAGUUAUUCCCCACGGAGGAGCAGAGGAUCUCCACGCUACUCUCCCCGCCACAGCAGAUCCCGAUCUCACAUAUCUGAAGAGAUGGAUUAAGAAUGCUUUGGAUUAAAGGAUUGUGGAGCACAUGUCAAUCAUUUUAGGAUUGUCAAAAGGAGGAUUGAGGAGGAUCAGAUCAAUAAUGGAGGCAAUGGUUUGGAUUGGAGAGGGCUCACUGGAUCCCAAUCCUUGGAGCUGGAUCAUUGGAUUCAAAUCAUAAUGUGGAUAGGAUAGGGAGGCUGAAUUACAAGGAUUCAUGGAGCGGGAUCAAAUUACCAGGAACAUAGGAGUGGAUUCCUGCCCCAACCAAACCGCAUUGGUGUGGAUUUUUUUUAUUCAUCUCAAUUGGCUAUUCCAAAGAUACCUUUUUUUUUUGUGUUGCAUUUUUUGUUCCCAUUUUUGACGUUUGGAGCCCUUAAGAUGCACGAUGGAGUUUUUCAUGUUUUUGGUAAAAGGAGCAAAGCGAGGACCUGGAGAGGUACGCUGGAGCAAUCUCCUUGGAAGGAUUCAGCACGAGUAGAUGGUAAACAUUUAAAGGGGAAAAAGGGGGGUUUGUUUAAAAAAGUCAUUGCUCUAAAUUUCUAAAUUUAAAGACAAAAAUUGGAGUUAAAGAUUGAGUAGGUUUUCAA